UACCACAGCUCGGUGCGAGAGAGAGGAAGAGAGGAACGCCCUGCCAUGGACUGGAAAGAAGGACAAGGACCAGGUCAGGUUCCAGGCCAGAAUGUGGGCCAGGAUGUGGCAGGGGCGGCAGGGGAUGCGUCUGGGCCCAUCCCUGCCGGCCUGGAAGCACUGUAUGCCGCCUGCCGGACCAUAUACGCAGACCAGCCCAACCCUCUGCAGGUCACUGCUCUCGUUAAAUACUGGCUUGGUGGUCCCGAUCCUCUUGACUAUAUUAGUAUGUAUGCCAACCCAGGGGAUGCUAAACUGAACAUUCCUCCUCAUUGGCACUACAUUAGCUUUGGCUGCUCAGACCUCCAUGGAGAUGGCAGAGUCCAUGAACAGACAGGACCAGAAAAUCCUAGUGGUUUUGGCUUUGAACUGACAAUGAGGCUGAAAAGAGAAGAAGGAGAGAAAAAUCCACCCACAUGGCCAGCAGCAAUCAUGCAGGGCCUUGCAAAGUAUGUUUUUCAGUCAGAGUCUAUGUUGUGUGUGGGUGACCAUGUGUCAUGGCACUGCCCCUUAGACAACAGUGAGUCCAGAGUGCAGCACAUGUUGAUGGGUGAGGACCCUCAACUUGGAACUGUAUCGACACCAAAUGGGUCUGUGCAGUUUGUCCAGAUUGUUGGCAUUACCACAGAAGAGCUCAAAGCAACACAGCACUGGAAUGGAGUUGGGGUUAUAGAUAUCAUUAAACGUUUGCCAGGUGCUGGUGGUCCCUGGAUGCUGACAGAUAUGAGGAGAGGUGAAAGCAUCUAUGAACUUGACCCAUCUGUUGCUGAAGAAGUGGAGAAUGGCAUAGAGAAUGAAGGCUCUAAUUUGUCAGGAGUAUCAGCUAGAUUAGCCUGGACAGAAGAUGAAGCCUCAAGCUUGCCUCCACUUACCUGUCAGCCACCAAGAUCGGAGACGGAUGCUGACUCUGAGCCUUCCCCGCGCAUCUCUCAUGUGGAGAGUGAGCAGAUACGCAAUACCCUGCAGAAGGGACUCAUGCAAGGGGCAAACAAGACCGGCAUUGGUCAUAAUUUACAGGAAGAUAAGGGAGUUAGUAGUGGAGACGUGGAAGGCAAUGUUCCCACGACGGAUUCAGCUGAAUUGUUUGUUACACAAAGACUGGAGUCUCUACAUCUCACCAUAAACCUAGAAUCUGGUUGUCUCCUUCCUUUGGCACUAAGAGGUCGUCUAAAGCAUGGACGGCAUUUCACCUUCAAGUCAGUAGUCGAUGUUAGUGCAGUGACGCUGGUGCCUCCCUCUGUAGCCGGUGCCUUUGUGGAUGCCAGCUGUCCCUAUGCUAGUCGUGGCCCAUGGCUGCAGGUCUUCAUACCGGACGAUUUGCUGCCUACCAUGGUGGAGGACCUGGCUGACCUUGCUGACCCAGACGAGGUAAGUUGUUGGCUGCGAUAAGUGCUGGAGUUGCAUGUGGUUCUUUUCACUGUUUGAAUGAGAAGUAUAUUUUUUUUUUGCGUGAAGUACCAAAGCAAGUAGCACGUAUCAGUUGGCUGUUGUUUAACUGUGAAAGUACGAGUGCAAAGAUAUUUUUUCAGAAAAGGUGUUUAUAGCCUUUUUUUAACUUUACAGUAUAAUUUGGGUAAUUUUUUCUGUUUGUAGGCAAGUAAACUAAGAUAUGUUUAAAGUAUAAUCCUAGAAGUUAAAUUUUCCCUCAGAUUUUUAAUUAUUGAGAUUAUUAUUCCAAUUCCACCACUAGGAAAGUAUCAGGUUCACAUCCCUGGUUGGAUAUCAAAUCAUAAGGAUAACAAAAAAUGGUUUUCAGAACCCAAGAGCACAUACUAUAUUCUUUGAAGAGCAUGAGGCAUGGGUAUUGACUUUACCUCAGUUUGCUUAAUUAAUAACAUUUUGUCAUGGGCCUGGAUGUACUAAAGCAGUUACUAAAACCUCUUGUGUUUGGUUUGGUGCUAAAUCACCUAAUGCUCUCCUGACUUGGAAUAAAUUGAUUCUAAAUGUUUAUGAGAUCAUGAUACGCUUGUUUUAUUUUUAUUAUUUUUUAAUAUUAAUUUUUAUUUUUAUAUAUUUUUAUAUUUAUUAUUUUCUAAUGCUAAGAAUAAACAUC